CUGGGAUCCAGCAGCUCGGAGCACUGAGAGUGGAGGCCUCAGACUCCUGGAGGAGCUGUGCAGACACACAGGAUACCCACAAGGAAGGGAGUUGGUGCUGUGUCCCUGUCCCAAGCCCGAGUGGAUAUGAAAGGCCCGCUGCUUCUGCUCCUUCUCCUGCUGGGGACAGUUGCUGCUUUCCAUCUGGAGAAUUAUGCCCACAGUCUGGACAGCCGAGAGACACAAGUAGACCUGAGUCAGAGUCUGGAAAGUUCAGGGGAGCAGGGAGGAGACCUGGCUCUCACUGAUGACGUGAUUCAGUCAGAGGGAGAAAAGGCCAAGCCUUCCGGCUCUCAGGUCACAUCUGAGCAUGAAGAGGCCAUGGAUUCGAACCUGGUUACUCCAGACAAGGAUUUUCGAUGCCCAAAGGAAGAGGACAUAAUUCCAAUUCCAAGCAGUCCUGGGUACAAGACAUGCAACUUCCUGAUGGUACGGCAGGCCGAGCAAUUUCAAUGUGCUCAGAGUAUCUGCAAUAGGUGCUACCAAGGCAACCUCGUCUCCAUACACAACUACAACUUAGAUUAUCGCAUCCUGUCCUCAGCCAGAGGGUACAGUGAAGACGAAGUCUGGAUUGGAGGCAUCUAUCAGGGCUGGUUCACAAGCGGGAACUUUCGCUGGACUGAUGGGAGCAGCUGGAAUUUUGGAUACUGGGCCGCAGGGCAGCCUGCGCAAGGGAGCGGUGACUGUGUCUCCCUAUGCACCACAGGUGGACAAUGGCAGCGGACUUCCUGCCAAAGGCGUCUGCCCUUUGUCUGCUCCUUCUAAGCCCAUGGCGCCGCGGAGCCCCAGCCUCGGAGCCCCCAGCCUUUGCACCCC